GUUUCGGCGUUGCGGGUGGAAGAGGAGCUGAAGGAGCGGCAGCGGGAGAAGGCCGCCAACCUGAGACGCUUCCAGGGAGAGGUGAAGCAGCGGGUGACGCAGCAGGUCAGGAUGCGACGCAAGCAGCAGCUGCAGGAGUCCUACGAAGCGGCGGAGAGGGAGAGCUGCGUCGCCCUUCAGUACUCGGACUCGGCGCUGCGUUUGACUCCCAGGAAGAACACGUGCCUGUUCCGCAGCCACCCCGCGCCCGCCAUCCGCCGUCCCGCCUCUCCCGCCGUCCCGGCGCAGCAGCGAGGGUCGCCAAACGAGCCCUUCCAGCAGCAAGCCGCCAAGCUUAGCAAAACCCUGAAGCAAGUCCGGCGCAGGUUGGCGUCCCGUAAAACCGUGGCCCAAGGAGCCGGUCCGUCCGAACUCCCUGGUGGUGUCUGGAGGCGAGAGAAACCAGCGUCUUGCAGGACGGCCGCGGUGCCUGCAGAAGACGAGAGGGAGGAACCGCUUCUAGCGGGACAUCACGAUCUCCCAGCUGAACUCCAAGACCAGGGGAUGGCCCGGCAAAAUGACGACUUCUACAUCAAAAUCGAAUUUGGAAAGUUGUGCGAUGGGUCGGUGAAGGACUCCAGCUUGGCCGAACCUCCCCAGGAGCCGCACACCGCUUCCCGAGCUCCCCUCGGCCUCUGGGCUGGCGUAGACCGGGAGGAAACCAAGAAGCAGCGUCAGAACGAGUACCUGAGGUACAGGCGCCUCGUCAUGAACGUCGAGCGAGAGCAGGUGAAGGAACAGCGAAGGCAGAAGGAGAGGCAGAGGAGAAUCGCCGAGUUCGUCGAAGCUCUGAGAGCGCAGACGAGGGAGAAGAUGGAACUCUCGAACAUCGCCUUGCCCCGGCUCUGCUCCUGCGGCUCCGAUUUUUGGGAUUCCCACCCAGAUACCUGCGCCAACAACUGCCUCUUCUACAAAAACCACAAAGCCUACGGCCAAGCGCUGCGCUGCGUGCUCUCGGCGCGCGCUCGGGAAGCAUCCGUGACGAGGACAGCCGCCUCGUCCCCUCUCCCCACCGCGUAUUUAUGCUAUGGGGACAACUACAAGGAGCUUUUUGGGGCGCUGGAUAACGCCUUCCUGGUGGCCUACGCCAUCGGGAUGUUUAUCAGCGGCAUUUUCGGGGAACGGCUCCCCCUGCGCUACUACCUGUCGGGGGGGAUGGUGCUGAGCGGGCUCUUCACCGCGCUCUUCGGCCUUGGCUACUUCUGGAACAUCCACGUCCUCUGGUACUUCAUCAUCGUGCAGGUCUGCAACGGGCUGGUGCAGACGACCGGCUGGCCCUCCGUCGUGGCGUGCAUCGGGAACUGGUUCGGGAAAGGAAAGAGAGGUUUGAUCAUGGGCAUCUGGAACUCGCACACCUCCGUCGGCAACAUCUUGGGGUCGCUCAUCGCCGGCGUCUGGGUUUCCUCCGCCUGGGGCCUGUCCUUCGUCGUGCCCGGCGUCAUCAUCGCCGCCGUGGGCAUCAUCUGCUUCUUCUUCCUCGUGGAGUAUCCCGAGGACGUCGGCUGCAGUCCGCCCCUCCAUCACGAAGACGCUGGGGGGGUGACCUCCAACGAGAAGGAUCCCGAAGUGGUCACCUCCAAUGAAGGGCCGCUGAAACCCGAAGCCAUCAGCUUCCUUGGGGCACUCCGGAUACCCGGCGUGGUGGAGUUCUCCCUGUGCCUGCUCUUUGCCAAGCUGGUGAGCUACACCUUCCUCUACUGGCUGCCCCUCUACAUCGUGAACGUAGCUCAUUUCAGUGCCAAGGAAGCCGGGGACCUCUCAACCCUCUUUGACGUCGGGGGCAUUUUAGGGGGCAUCUUCGCCGGCCUCAUCUCCGACUACACCGGCGGCAGAGCCACCACGUGCUGCGUGAUGCUGGUCGUCGCUGCUCCCCUGCUGUUCCUGUAUAACCACAUCGGCCAGAACGGCAUCGGCACAUCAAUAGCGAUGCUGAUCGUCUGCGGCGCUCUGGUUAACGGGCCGUACGCUCUCAUCACGACAGCAGUUUCGGCAGAUUUGGGAACCCACGAAUCUCUCAAAGGAAACGCCAAAGCCCUUUCUACCGUCACGGCCAUCAUCGACGGCACAGGAUCUAUAGGUGCCGCGCUGGGGCCGCUGCUCGCAGGGCUCAUCUCCCCUACGGGCUGGAAUAACGUCUUCUACAUGUUGAUAGCAGCCGACGUCUUGGCUUGCCUGCUCCUCGCUCGAGUGGUGGUGAAAGAGGUCCGUGGGUGGUGCGGCUGCAUAGCAAGGAAGAGAGGCAGCACCACGGCUCCCGUCAUCGAUCCCAACACCUGCCGAAUGGCGCUCGCCGUGCUGAGCCGCUUCGCUUCUCUCCCCGCAGGUUUAAGGAAUUUUGACAUGUCCCCCCGCGAACCGCCCGGAGCCAAGAGGCCCGGAGGGAGGAGAGAGGCUGGGGCACGCCAGGAGCGUGUUGGUCUCGGCAGAGCCGAGGCACGGCCCCGCAAGCUCCUACCGCCACCACGGGUUUGCUUCGGAGGGAGGCAGCGGCGAGGAGCAGUCCGAGGGCCCCGGCCGACCGGUUUUCUGGGACGAUUCUUCGCCGUCGGCUGUUUUAUUAAUAAAAACAUGCGAAACCUGUGUUGCCACUCCGUGCCGCUUCCUGGCGGGGGCUCGGCCGGCUCUGCGUGA